CGCCACCGGCUCUCAGCGCGUCAGGCCAGUUUUCAUGGCUUCAUCCUAAAGAUCAAGACCUCCAUAUGCUGCAGGAAUGGGACGCAUCUGAGUGCUUCAGAAUUUCCGCUCACUUCUGGGCUCCACAAAAUCUUAGUUAACGCUCGUUUUACAGUCUGAAGCAGGUGCACUGUGGGUAAAAAGUUGCGGUGUGUCAUUUGCGGCGAUGCUUGGAAGUGACGACAACCCUGUGUGCUUCUGAUGAGCCGGAAAGUUGAAGGAAAAAGAUCUUUGAAAGGGAAUCUCGGCCACAAAUUGGAACCAGAUUCUCUUUUGGACAUAACUUGCACACAUUUCCCCGAGGAGACUUACCGUAAGGGCAGAUUGGAUGCAUUUGUCACCGGAUAUGAUGAACAUGGUGGAUGAUGGCUGCCUCUCAACGGACAACUACCACGACCUGGGGAAAUGUGGCACGUCGGGGAUGGGAGGCCGCGUCCACAGCAUCGACGUGAUUCUGGGCUUCAGUAAGGACCAGGAUCCUCUGCUCAACCCAGUCGGGCCUGUCGGCACACACAAAGUGGACGGAGAAGAGGAGAAACAAGUGACCUCUGACCCCUACGGUCACCUGCAAAGUCUUCCGAAUAAUUCACAGCAGUCAGCGUAUCAUGAUACUGGACUUUUCUCCACGGAGAAGUGUGACGCAGAUUUGGGAGAUCCACAGAGCAAUGUGGAGAGCGACAGCCGCUCCCCGGACCCUCCUGAUGAGGAUCAACCUAAAAAGAAACACAGACGCAACAGAACCACCUUCACCACCUAUCAGUUACACGAGCUGGAACGCGCCUUUGAGAAGUCCCACUACCCGGAUGUAUACAGUCGAGAAGAGCUGGCUAUGAAAGUCAACCUCCCAGAAGUUCGUGUUCAGGUGUGGUUCCAGAAUCGGCGUGCAAAAUGGCGGCGGCAAGAAAAAAUGGACACGGGCAGCAUGAAGCUCCAUGACUCGCCCAUGCUGUCCUUCAGCCGACCGGCCAUGGUGCCCAACAUGGGGCCAAUGACUAAUUCUCUGCCUCUGGACCCCUGGUUGCCUUCGCCGCUCUCCAGUGCCCCUCCUAUGCACAGCAUCCCGGGCUUCAUGGGACCAGGCCAAAGCCUCCAGCCCACCUAUACGGGCCAUCCCGGCUUUCUGAACUCUUCUCCAGGCAUGGUGCAGGGAAUGCAACCCAUGCCACCACCUCCUUACCAGUGUCCCCCUGCAUUUAAUGAAAAAUACCCUCUGGAAGACGUGGACCGCAGCUCUAGUAUUGUAGCUUUGAGGAUGAAGGCCAAGGAGCACAUUCAGUCCAUGGACAAAACCUGGCAACCCAUGUAACAGGAAAAUGGGGAGCGGUAUAUUUUAUUGGGAUCUCAUAGACACAUGGAUGCAUUUUUAGAAAGGACCAGCACCGGAUCAUUAGGAUUAGGGUUCACCUGAAUGCCACAGGCGAGACCUGGAAACAUGAAGCACUGAAAGCUUGUACGCAUUUUAAAGCCUCUGGCCAAUAAAACGAAACAUAGUUUGAUUUGAUGGACCUUUGAGGAUAUCUUCUCAACACAACAUGCUUGGAUUUACUUGGAUGGUCAAACCUGCUUGAGGAAUUGGUUUUGUUUUGGCAACAAACAGGGUUGCCAAGUUUGCAGUUUUACCACGGAUAUGGGCUACUUCUUCUUGCUGCGGGUUAAAGCUAUCUCUCACCCCCAAAAGGUGAUUUUGACCCCCGACAGAGGGGAAAAUCAUGGGAAAAAACACGAAUCAGCUAGUUUUGGGCUAGUUUUGAAUAGCAAUCGGGUUGGGUUUUUUUUGCACAGACCUGGCAACCAUGCAACAAAGCACUGACCGUUUGUGAUCAUGGCAUCUACAGUAAGGUGUUUCUUACUUCUUACCCAGCAAAUGUUGAGCUCCCUAGGAUUUUGGAUUUCAGUCGGUACCAAGCUUCUCUGCUCCUCCUGGUUGAAGACUCGCAAUAGCAAGUUUGGCAUGUUGGCAAUUUAACAGGACAGCGCAGCUCAGGACAACUGAUACCUCAAUGCCUGUUCAGAGGUUAAUUUCAUGUUCUACCAUCUAGACAUUAGGAACGAUUAGAAGAAAUCACUUGACUUUGAUUUAAAAGGAAUGACCCUCUAUGGUUAAAUAAACUGAAAUCUAGAAACAGAAUGUGUUUUAUUGAAUUGUUAUUUUACAUGAGUAGCUGCAUUAUCAAGCCAUAGAGUGAAGUUGUUUCUAAAUCACUAGCACAUAUUUCAACCGUGCCACAAUUCUGUUCCUGCUGUUCGAUGUGUUCAUAUCAUCAUUUAAAACGAGUCUGAGGUUUAACGUUUCAGUGUCUGUGGGGUCUGUUUCAAGCAAUAUAAGAAAGUCAGUUAUAUUUCACCCCAAAAACAAGAGAACAGUAUAAGAAAUUAUA